AUGAUAGCAAUAAUUUUCUUUUGUCUAAUACUCAAGUCUUUAGCUGAGAUUAUUUCGUAAUCUCAAAUAAAUAAAUGUUAUUCAAAUUCAACAAACAAUACUUAAUGUUCUGAGAAAAUGCUUAUAUCACUUACAGUAGAGAAUGCUUAAAAUAUUGUGACAGAAUAUAUUAAGAUUAGUGAAACAACAGUAGAUAAUUAAACAUCAUAACUUAAAACACCAAUUAUUAUUUCAGUAACCAAAACUCCAGUUUAUGCUUUUUAUCCAUUAAAAUACACAUAAGAUUAUAAUAGUCAACCAUAUGAAGUUAAGAUAGCAGGUGCAAUUUUAUCAUGUGAUGAUAGUUGGUAUUCAAAUUCCCCUACUUGUGGAUUUCAAUAUGAAAACAAGAAGAAAAUAUUUGAUAGUCAAGGAUUUUGUUGUUCUUGUGGUAUACUUGAUUUAAUUGGUCUUGGUGAUGAGUUUGCAAGAGGAAACAUAUGUCGUUAAGCUGGAUUGACUACAGCCACAAUGGCAUUCUGUCUUCGAUACUCGAAUUUAUGGUAUAGGUAAUAAAUAUAUAUUAAUUAUUAAGUGCUUACGAAAUCUCAACUUAUAGCAUAUUUUAUAAUAUAACAAUUUAAGUUACUUAUUCUAAUUAGGAAUCAGAGGAAUUAAAAUUGGGGAGUGAGGUAAAAGUUGUUUAAGGCAAAACUUUAAUUGGUAGAAUAAUAGGAGACUUCACACCAUUGAAUCCACCACCAUCUUUAGAAUCUUUUUAUUUUAUGAGACCAUCUUCACCUAGUAGUAAUGCAAGAGUAUAGGCAGGUUCUGCUGCAUUUAUGAUAGUAUCAAAAGAAUAGGUUGGUCGUGGUGAAUGUAAUAAGAUAGGAGUUUCUUAUAGUGCAUUUCGUACAGAGGGUGAGAGAUGUAAGAAAUAAGUGAAAUCAUGUUUAAAGAAUUAAUUAGAAGAUUUUUAUUUAGAAGAUUAAGCUUUAAUUGCUAAUAAUUCAUAACCAAAAUAUUUAUUAUCAAGAUAUGGUAAAUUUAAGUCUAUUUAUAUGAAUAAUGAGACAUUUUUGUAGUACAAUGUAGAGGGAUCUAUGUCAACAAUGAUAACACUUGAGAUAAAUACUACUGGUCUUAUAUCUUAUGUAGUUAAUUUAGGAAAAGGGAAAAUAGAUUUAGCAGAAAUAUAAGAUUUUGAAGCUAAAUCUGGGAAUGGAUUACUUUAUGCUUAAAUUACAAAUGUUGGAGAUAUUGCAAGUGAAUUUAAUACAUAUUUAAAUUGUUCGAUUAAUGUUAUUCCAAUUAAUACAGUAGCAUUAUAUUUAGAACCAUUGGAAAGUUAUAUUAUAAAAAAAGAUGUGAAUGUUUUAAGUGAUAUGAAUAAAUCAAAUUAGUGUAAUUUUAGUUUAUUAAACAAUUAAGGUACACUUUUGGAUUGGAAAUAAAUAGAAUUUAAUACAACAGAAAUAUAAUAUGAAAGUGAAUAAAAUCAUGAUGAAUAAAAUAUAUAAGAUAAUGAAAUUAAUGCUUUAGAUGAAGUAUAUAAUAAUUGUAAUUCAGAUUGCUCAAUAUUUUUUGACAUAACUUGUUAUAUUUUGAAUGAUUGUAAUUCUUAGAUUAUAACAUUUUUUACUGUUAUUGGAAUCACAUUUUUCUUUAUUAUAAUAUGUUUAACUUGUAUAAGUUAUAGAAAGAAAUUGUGUUGCUGUAAAAAAUAACAUAAAUGUAAAUCUCGUCCAUUAGAAACAAUAAUAUAAAAAGAUUAUACUAUCAAUCAUAAAUCAAAUAAAAGAUAUGAAAAUUCUAUAUCUGAAAAUAAUAUUGAAAAUUCUUCACUUUAAUUAAUAGAAAAUAGAAUUAUGUAUUUAAAUUUAGUAUCAGGUUCAGAUCCUAUUUCAAAUUAGUUAUAAUCAGAUGUUUCAUUCGAAGUAUUGGCAUCAUACCAUAAAAAAUAAUUAAUAAAUAUAAAAAUUAAAAAAAAUAGUAAUUUCUUGAAGAUCUUUUAAGAUGUAUAUGGAUAAGAAUCUUUAGAGAGAAAUGUUAAAAAAUAUUUCUAAAAAAAAUGUGAAUCAGUACUACUAUUUAAUAAUCUAUUAACUGAUCUACCAUUAUUCAGUUUAUUAUGA